GUGCUCCGGCUACAGCGGAAGUGCACGGCCGCAGCGGCUUCGCCAUGGUGGGCGGCGGCGGCGGGGUCGGGGCCGGCCUCCUGGAGAACGCCAACCCUCUCAUCUACGAACGCUCCGGGGAGCGGCCGGUGACCGCGGGCGAGGAGGACGAGCAGGUUCCAGACAGCAUCGACGCGCGCGAGAUCUUCGAUCUGAUUCGCUCCAUCAAUGACCCGGAGCAUCCACUGACACUGGAAGAAUUGAACGUAGUAGAGCAAGUCCGGGUUCAGGUGAGCGACCCCGAGAGCACGGUGGCCGUCGCCUUCACACCCACCAUUCCACACUGCAGCAUGGCCACCCUUAUUGGCCUGUCCAUCAAAGUCAAACUUCUUCGAUCCCUUCCCCAGCGUUUCAAGAUGGAUGUGCACAUUACACCAGGGACCCAUGCCUCGGAGCAUGCAGUGAAUAAGCAGCUUGCGGAUAAGGAACGGGUGGCAGCCGCCCUAGAGAAUACCCACCUGCUGGAGGUUGUGAACCAGUGCCUGUCAGCCCGCUCCUGAGCCUGGCUUUUUGCCCCCCCCCCCCCCCCCCCAUCACACCCAGGGCCCAUGGCCUUGUUUUCUUGAAUCACUGACAAUGAGGAACUAACAUUUUGCAUUUUGUAAUAAACUCUUAAUUUAUACUCAUUUC